AUGAAUCGCUCUAUAUUCCGUCGCUUGAUGCCGAAGUCGGUUGCCAAUGAUGGAUCCCAAUUACGCGAUCAUCAGGCCAACGAGCGGACUUUUCUUUCCUGGAACCGGAUGGGACUAGCUUUUGCUGCCAUGUCACUUGCACUCGCGCGACUUGACAUCAUCGACAACAUCUUCAAUCGCAAAUCCCGCGAGGAGAACAUCACUGCUCCUAAGCCCUCUGUGCAAGCUGUUUCCCCAGGAAAGCUUUCGAACGGGGCAGAUGUUCCAGUCACAGAACAGGGAUCAUCUAUCUUAAUUGGAAAUACGAGUGAUCGCGUGGCUAGCCGCAUUUGCCAGGCUAUAAGUAUCUGGUCAUUUGGAUAUUCAUUUGCCCGAUACGUUACCACUCGGAGAAACCUGUUGCAAGGGCGAUUCGUCCCUGCAAUCUGGGGGCCUUUGUUUAUCACGUGUGGCUCUCUCGGUGUUUUCGGCAUUACUCUGAAGCUAGACUGA